AUGGACGGCCUUCCAGAGGAUGCCCGCGGCGCCCCUGGAUGCGCCUGGUGCGAUUUGCCUCCGGCACUCCUGUCUUCCGUCCUCCUCCACCUUGACGUCACGGCCCUUUGUGCGGCCGCAGCCAUAGCGGCCCCCUGGAGCGGCGCGGCACUGCCCGAGGUGUGGGAGUCGGCCCUGCUGUCACCUCAGGUACCGCCAGAGGAGCCUGGGACCUACGCGACUGUCUUCACCAGGGAAGGCCUCCAAGCUGCCCGCCUUCCGGAAGGGUUCGACACGAGGCUGCCGGGGUGGCGCCAGGACUCUGCGCUCCAGCGCUUGGUGUCACAGUACUCGCCCCGAGCACUGGCACAUUUUGUCCGGAGGUUCCACAGUGGCGUCGAGGCCGAGGCGCUCCGCAUGGAUCGCUCCAGCGCGCACCUGGCGCUGGAGGUGCUGAACUUCUUUCCCGAUCCCGUUUGGGCCGCCAUCUGCCUCACUGAUGAUCCCGCAGAAGCCCUGGAGGGCAACUUGAACCAAGCUGCGAUCUUCCUCCGCGGCUACCGCCACAACACCAGCUGCCUCAAGGAACCGGGCAGCUCGAAAGCAGGGACCCUUGUGAUCUGCAGCCUCUUUCUGGGUGGUAGCUCCGUGGACUUGAUCCGUUGCCCGGGAUUCAGCCGAAUGGAGGUUGGGGAGCACGUGCUGCGGGGCAGCUACACCGGGGACCCCAUGGUCCGCUUCCUGCUUGCGUCUUCCCUGUCUGUCGGCCGCGAAGGGCUCGGACUGGAGACCCUCCUCGACCUGGCGGGCCGUAGCGACUCGGGUGCCGAGGUGCUCAUCCCCACAACGCGCGGAAGCCAUUACGCCAUGGAGCCCUGGCAGUGGGAGGAGCGUGGAGCGCCAGCGGACGGUUUUGGCCACGAGUUGCAGCUGAUCGAAGAAGGUGGCCUGACGGCCGUUUGGUUGGACGCGGGAGCCUUGAACCCCUCGGAGGCAUUGGAGGUCAACUUCGGCAGUGUCUUGUACCGCGGCACCAUCGGCCUUUUCGGAUAG